UGCCUAUCUGUUGAGGAGGUUGUCACAGGCAACCGCGUCUCCGAGUCCUUCCUAGGCGGCACAUGAAACCGGCACGGGAAAUUCGAGACAAGUGCGCCCGUUUGACGCGGUCGUAACCUCGUCCAUGAUGAUGCAAAAUGUCGCCGCCGAGCUUGACUGGCAUAGUCAACACCUGUACGAACACGCAGCCGACCCGAUCGGUGCCAGCUACUUCUCUGCCUAUGUGUCACCCGAGGCUUACGUGCAUCCACUGGGACAUAUUCAGCACACGAGCAUGCAGCAGACAGCAACGCCGUCACCAGUGCCGCUAUGCGGUCAGGCGACAUGCGAUCGCGGUAGCGGUGCAACCGAUCCGCCGACGGAGUCACGCAGCGUCUACGACGACACUCUACUCUCCGGCUACUAUCGGGAGUCAUCCGAGUUUUCCUCGGAGGCACCGUAUUCCGCGCACGCUCCAAAUGUCGAUAAGGCCCCGUACUGCAACUACGGCGUAGACACCAGCGACGGCGGCGGCAACCUGUCACCGCAUUCGCAGCGCACCUUAGCGUCACCGCUGUCGUACAACGCGUCGGCGGGUGAAUCGGCGUGGAAUUACGGCGCGAGGUCACAUCCGAUCGCUGUCCCGUCACCGGCCGCCAUCUCUCCCGGCUCGUACGGCAGCGCUAACAGUAACGGCAGCUGGUCAAGUGUCGACGAGGAACUGUCGGCUGCCGAGCCGAGGUCGAUAGCCGCCGAGCAGAUCGAUCCGCAAGAGGUGAAGACGUUCAUCAGCACGAUGGCGAAGCAAACCCUGGCGGAGCAGAUUCGCAACAGGUGCGGCAACAUCGUCGUCGAGUAUCGCAAGUCGAGCGGCGAGCACUUGACACCCGCUGAUGAGCUACGCCGUCAACGCAGACGGGAGAAAAACAAAAUGGCUGCGGAAAAGUGUCGAAAAAGAAAACGAGAUGAGCAGUCCGCGCUUGAAGAGAGAGAGAAACUGCUCGGCGAGGAGAACGACAAACUACAGGAGGAGGUGCGCAAACUUGAGAGGAUGAAAAACGAGCUGAGCCUCAUGCUACACAGCCAUCUCCGGGAAUGUCGUCUGCCGCGAUCAUGCAGCAAUAUCGCUACCGGUUGACAGGGCCACCUGCAUCGCUCCAACAAGCGUAUCGAAUUUUAUUUUCACACACUCGAUGUGAUGCACUCGCAGUGUGUUUGUGAUACGCGACCAACUGCCCAAAGCUCGGGAGUCGUUGCCUGGUCACUAUGAUAAUUAAUACAUGAAAUGUAAUUAAUUAGGUCGUUAUUGAUCGUGGUCGAACGUUUACAGCGUUGCUCUCGGGAACCCACGCGACUACAAGAUGACGAAAGUGAAAAUCGGAGAAUGGGAAUGUCAAGUGAUUGUGGCUGCUUAAUUGGCGGUGCGUUAAUGCCAGUGCGCGCACAUGUAUACGUACAUGCUUGAGGGCGCACGGAAACUUGAAAGGGUGCGCUGCACUGAGAUAUAGGAUGGCUGGCUAGUACGGCCGGUACGGGUGCCUGGUACGGGGGCAUUUCAACAGACAUGUAUCGUACGAUUUCUGAUUUUAAUGAGACCGGUGGUCGACAGGGUCAUUGUUGGUGCCAUUUGUUUGUAUUAACAUAGAGGUAAUAGGUAGUGGUGCUAGCUAGUGAAUUCUUCAUAGUGCCUCCGUAGUGUGUGAGUGCCUAGUAUGUGCAAAAUUAUUGAGUUUAACUGUGCAGGGCGCUUGCAAUUAUCUGUUAUUGCGGUUAUUUUUAUUUACAAUUUCACUGCAAAUAACACAGAGGUCAAUGAUAUAUUCUUGAUUCACAAAUGGUUGUUAUUUUAUAUUCAGUAUAAGGUCGUUGGGGCGCUGGCACUCGGCAAAAUCGCUGGAAGAUUUGCAUCGAGUCCCGUCAUUUGUACUUUUGUAAGUCAGAUUUCGUGCAACAUUGUAGGCUACAGCGUUGCUUAUGCUGGACUAAAUUUCAUCAACAUCGUAAUUUUCGAUAGGUAGACUUCGCUUAUAUAUUUAUCCCGGGCCCAAUUAACAUGAUCUCAUUCGAAGUAACCUGUUUUGCUGUUGUAAUUUUUUUCCUAUUUAUAUGUAUAUAUAUAUAUAUAUAUAUAUGUGUGUGUGUGUGCGGGUGGCUAUGUGUGUGUUUAUGCGUGCGUGCGUGCGUGCGUGAGUGCGUGCGUGCGUGCGUGCGUGCGUGUGUGUGUGUGUGUGUGUGUGCGUAUGCAUGUGUGCGCGUGUGUGCGUGCGUGCGUGUGUGUACUCACGUUAUUUUAGGAGGAACAUAGUUUGUGCGUACUGAAUUUUUUCACUAGGAAUGUCGUUACGGGCCUAGUUAAUCGAGCGCACCGUUCUAUCUUUGCGAAAGCACCCAACGCACACGUACAGUUGCCUAGAAUAUUGAGGUUUCUUUCGUUUUGUAUGUGCGACGAUCCAAAUGCGAACGAGAAUUUUUUUUAGAUGGUUUGUCUUCUCGUCGCAGCAUGUGAGUUGCUCUAUAUUUUUAUGCGUUUGAUCGAGUCGUUACUACAUUCGAAUGCUUGGGGGGUAUAUCCAUUUUCCAAGGUUUGCUGUCAUGAGUUUUGAUUAGAUCAGCUAUGUGUGCAAUAACUCUUCCGAUACCCACAUCCUACCUCCGCAUCCAGACACACAUGCAUGCAUGCACGCACGCACGCACGCACGCACGCACGCACGCACGCACGCACGAACGAACGCCGGAACGCGUGCAGGAACAUACAUGCCACGUGUAGGCCUAGUUGUUACGUAUUACGUCUAAGUUAAGCAUUGCAUUUUGUAUUGGGGAAACUCACCUGUCCAACUGAAGGUGACUACACUUCGCUGUGUAUUCGUGAUAAUUUCCGCUGAUAUGUAUUAAUAUAUCAUAUAAUAUGUAUGAUAUAUAAUUAAUAUAUAUAAUAUAAUAGGUAUAUAAUUUCUUUAUUACUCCUUAUAUGGGGCAUAGACCAUGUUUGGUGCUAUGAGCAAUUGUGUAUUUCCUAUGUAGGUUAAUUAGCACCGAACGUCUAUAGGCCUACACCAUCCUGAUUGCGUUUGUCUAAACCAGCUAAAUAAUGUUUUUAUAAGUCAGCUAUAGUAACAUAAAAGAAGCCAUAAGGACUUCUUUCGUCGUCACGCCUACCUCUUAUAUCAGAGAGAUCAGACUAUUUAGUAAGGAGCUGGGUUCUCAUAUAUUUAGCCAUGUUCACAUUUAUGCAUUUAUAUUCCGAUUGUAAUAUAGAUAUUUCUGUUGUAAUUUCUUUCAUGACAUCCAGUUACAAGGCAAAUUCAUUACAAUAAGCCAGUCUGCUUUCUGUAUCCGCGAAUUUUUCGUCUGUAUCGUAUUCCUUAUAAGUAAAACUCUCUAAAUGUCAUUCUUCGUAGGCCUACCAGUUCUGGAUUAAGUCAAUUUCAUAAUUGCACUACGUUAUAUCUAAAAUAAAAUAUAUCUGAUUUCCCUAAA